AUGCCCUCAUACCAUGGUAAGAAGCUUAAGCCGUCUUUGAAACUUUCAAAAACAAUUUCCAUUUCCUCCUUUAUUUCUUCAACAACCUUUAAUUCAUUUUCUCCAUUAGAAGACUCAACAUCUGCUUCUUCAUCGACAUCUUCUUCAUCAGGAAAAUCAGUAAGGUUCGCUACUCAUUUAUAUACAAUCAAAAAGUUCAAUACAAAAUCUGCGCCCAUCUCGAUAUCAGAAAAAUCUGGUAACGAGUCAACCAACUAUGGCACUUCUAAAUUCGCAAGCAAUUUAUAUGAAAAUGCUACUUUAUCAAAUCUUUCCCACAUUAACAGUAAAGAUCAACCCUAUAUUUUGGAUUUUUUAGAUUACAGUGAUCUAGAUUAUAAUGAUAAGGAUGAUGAAUACGACAAUGAAAGUGACAUAGAGGACAAUGAGUUGUUCGUAAAUAAUUAUAACCUGCUUAUUGAGAAGGACAGCAUUUACCCAGGUGAAGAGAAUAAAUUUGAUAUUGCAGAUUGGAAGAUCAUCAGUAGUAAUUUGAACCGAUUCAAAAGUAACCCUAAAAUAGAUGCGACUAAGUUGGAGCACAGUAUUUUCGAAUACUUGAACGGUCAAAAUAUAAAAGUUCAUUCCCUAGAACUAUCCGAACCUGCAACUUACGACGACGUUCGCUGCAAUAAUUUUGGCCGCUGUCAAAUUUCGGGACUUCUAUUUGUCAAUAAUUUGAAUUUCGAGAAGAAAGUAGAGAUUAAAUUCACCCUAAAUAAUUGGACAGAUAUUCAUUACAUCAGUGCGAACUAUAGUAAGUCUGUUACCCCUCAAGUUGAUGAGUUUAAAUUUAUUAUUGAUAUAUCUGCAUUGAAAUUGAAUUUAGUGUCGAAGAAGUUGAUUUUUGCUAAUUUUUUUGAAAAGAAAACCGCUUGCUCUCUAAAUUUACAAUUCUGUUGUCGCUAUGAUGUAAACGGGUUCGACAAUAGAUCGUUUUAUGACAAUAACGACUAUAGAAACUAUGAACUAACGAUCUCUUUAUCUGUCAUAAAUCUAAACCGUGAGAUUUCGAUAUUACCGAAGAAUGAUUCCACUAUUCUUCCAUUAACGCUGAGAAAUAAAAAUUCAGAUUCAUCUACGUCAAAAAUUAAUGAAAAAGCCAAAAAGCCGCUAAGAACAUUUAACAAAGAUACAGACUACUUUAAUGACUCGCCAAUAAAGCACAAGUUUCAUCAUUCAUUUAAAGCAAAAGCGGCCUGUAAAACAAGGGACGUUUUCCAAAAUUCUAGAACAGAAACAAAUGAUAGCGAAGUGAGGCCUUUUGACUACUUCGUCCAGCCGUUAGAUUCACAAACUGAUGAAGAAUUAUCUGAUAGCUCUUAUGAUUUAUCUUUGCACGAUUUCAAUUAUUGGGAGUUUGGUAACCACGGACUUGGAAAAGCACUUGCUGAUUCGGAUAUCUUACAGUUCAAAAAUUAUCCGAAAUCAGAACCCUUCAGUAAGUAUCCUAUAAUAGAUAAUACGAUCUCAUUAAACACUGGAGAUAGUACUGUACAGUUGAAAAUACAAGAUCUCAAAAAUAAUUUGAGCCAAGGGGGGGAAAGCUCUAAAACAAGGACUGCAUCAAACAGAUCCCCAUUAUACGACGAUAAAUGCAAAGCUUCUUUGAUUUACGCAAAUUGGAAUAAUUCUACUGAUACCCUAAUGAAGAAAAACGACAAACAAUCUGUAGAGUCAGGCUCCUCUUCGCAAUUAUCUAUAGCGACUAUAAAAGUAAAAGAAGAUUCAUCUCAUCAAGAUAAUAUCAUUAAUGAAUUGAUAUGCUCUUCACCGGCAUUUUUAUCUUUAAAUAAUUCGGCUUUACCAUCACUUUUUUCUGGUGAUAGUAUGUCUGAUAGCUCAAGAGAAUAUGAAGAUAAGAUUUCUCUUACCUCCAAUGAAAUUGAUAUUCUUCGUGAUUAUUUUUCCAAGUCGCCAUCACCGUCACCAUCGCCCAUAUUACCAUGA